AUGUGCCAUUUCUUCGUGAACGAGGUGAGGACACGUGAGGACCUCAUCUUCUUGAAACGAGGUCAGACUUCUGAAGAUGAGAUCGUCCACCGCUCGGGACAAACUCGUUGGUUCGAAAGGAUGCAGACUUGCAACAAGGCACCCGCGGACACCGCCGCCGACGACGCGCCCGUGCGGGCGCUGCGGAGGAGUGCUGGAGGAGGUCUCCCGCGGAAGGCUUAUGAGAUCCAUCGCCAGGAGAGACCUCGCUGGCGUUGGACGGAGAUCCGUGGAGAGAAGAUCUACUACAGGCACUGGAAGUAUGAAAACCGAGUGCCCACGGAAGCUUGGCUGGAAGGCGGCCUUCCCAAAGUGUCCGGCCGCUCAGUCCGACGAGUCGGGCCCAAGAAACUGGGGCUUACAGCCCAAGAGGCGAACUUGCGCAGUGCGAGCAGCAGUGAGCAGUGGAUGGCGGAACGUGCUCGCCACACGGCAAGAACGAAGGGCCUCACAGCGGAGCAGCUGAGGUCGAUUGUCCUGAAAGCAGAGACAAGCGAAGAAGUGGAAGAAAAGGAGCGAAGAAAAGUUCAGCUGUCCACGAAAAAGCUGGACAACGACGACCUCGCCAAGCUUCAGCCAAGCGCCGAUGCUGAGAAUACGAUGCUUCCACCGGAUAGGGAAGUGACGUGCUCCCAUUGCGGUGCCGGCUUCCUGAACGAUCUCCACUUUUGUCGGAAAUGUGGACACCCGCGAGCUGCACAGGCGGCUUUAGUCUCUGUCGGGCACACAGCAGACAUUGACAUUGAGACGUACAGCCGAUUGGCGCCCACCAUUCCCAACGCGCCCCCACGCCUCAUCGCCGGAAGCUCAGCGGGCCGAGUUCGACUCGACCGAGUUAGAGCGAAAUGGUUAGCGCUUUGUGAGCGCUUGGAAGGGCGUUUAGUCUUGCCGAAGAAGUGGCUCUUGGGUGCGGCGCAAGCGGUCAAGGAGAAGGUGCCACAGAAGCCCAUCCUCCAAGUGGCUGGCCGCAGGAUCCAACAGCAGAAGUUGUUGGCAGACGGUGGCUUUGCCUACGUCUACUCUGGCCUCGAUGCCGACAGCGGGGAACGGCUGGCGAUUCGGCGAGUGCUGCUGCAGGACCCGGAGGCACUGGAAAAAGCCAAGGUGGAGAUCGAUCUCUUGGGCAGUUUGUGCGACCAUCCGCACAUUGUUCACUUCCAGGGCGCCCAGAUCUUCCGAGGUUCGGGCGCAUCGGCUGAAGCCAUCUACAUCUUCGAGCUUUGUCCCGGUGGCACACUCCUGUCCCACCUGGAAGCGGCGAUGGAAGCGGGAGGGAAGAGAGACGCACGGACCACGCCGUUCAUGGCAGCAUGCAUCCUUUUUUCCUCUAAGUACUGCUGUCCUUGUCUUGAAGAACAAGACAUCCUCGCGGUGCUAGGAGCAACUGCACAGGCUCUGGUGUACUUGACGCGUUUGGGCAUGAUCCAUUACGAUGUGAAGAGCGAGAAUCUGCUGUUGGGCAACGACGGCCUUUGGAAGUUGGGCGACUUCGGCUCGGCCAGCGAGAGGACCUUCGACCUGACCAACGCCGACAAGAAGGCACUUUGGGAAGCACAGGAGUUUAUCCAUGGGCGGUGCACGCCCAUGUUUCGCGCACCGGAGAUCGCGGACGUGUAUCUCCGAUGGAAGAUCGGCCCCAAGGUGGACCUCUUCGCCCUAGGCUGCAUUCUCUUCGCGAUGAUGACAGGACAGCAUCCCUUUCCCAUGGAGUCCACCUGCGGGAACAUCACGGCGAGUUAUCGGCUGCCGCCCGAGGCCAAGGAACACUACUCCUCCGCGGUGCUGACGUGGCUCCGGGGCCUCCUGGCGCGGUCGCCGGCGGAGCGGCCCACGGCGGUGCGGCUGUCCAGCGAGGUGGAGCGCUUUCGACUCUUGGGGGAGGAACCUCCAGUGGACGACCCGCAACCGGCCACGGCCGCCACGGGAGCGCCCACCGCGCCAGCAGCGCCAGACGCUGCGGCGUGGGAGGCGGAUUUCUCGGCCUUCGCGCCAGCUGUGCCGGAGGGGGAGGAGAGGUCCGAGCAGCCGGAGAAACCAGAAGAAGAUCCUGGUGAAGAGUCGCAGCCAUGA